UCUUAUGCAACAGAAACGUGUCGUGUACGCGCAGUAGCUGUUUGCCGCCAGUCAGCUCGUCGUUGAUAACCGCAACACGCGGCUUGUGACUAGUUUUAGUCCAAACGAUCAAGUUCUGGCGUAAUACACUUGUGCUUUUUAGCUUUGUUUGGAUUCGAAUCGACUGGGUUCGCAACAGUAGCAGAAGCGAACAGCAGAUCCGGGUUUUGGCGCUCGUUUGCGGAGUUGGGAUUCUAAAGCUUUGUAGGCCGCAGUGUCUGAGAUCAACAACAACAUGGCCGAUGAUUUGGACAUCGAAGCAAUGCUCGAGGCUCCAUAUAGAAAGGAUGACAACAAGUCCUUAAGUUCCAAUGGCCACGAGGAGCGGAGCAAGAAGAAAAAGAAGAGCAAAAGUCGCAGCAGAAGCCGCAGUCGGGAAAAGAAAAGAAGCAGGAGUCGUGAUCGCAAGAGAAGCCAUGACCGCAGGAGGAGCCGCAGCAAAGAUCGGAAGCGCAGUCGCAGCAGGGAGAGACGACGCAGCCGUUCCAGGAGCAGGGAGCGUGGUGGUCGCUACAAAGCUCCAUUUUCUGGCCUGAAAUUUAACGGUGGUCCCAGGGGGAAGACUGGCCCACCACCUGCCAUCAAACUAAGCCGUAGAAGGUCUAGAAGCCGCAGUCCUUUCAAGAAAGAGAAAAGCCCUAUAAGGAAGCCCAUUGAUAAUCUCACCCCCGAAGAAAGGGAUGCACGCACAGUGUUUUGCAUGCAGCUGGCAGCCAGGAUCCGGCCACGAGACUUGGAAGAAUUUUUUUCUGCAGUGGGAAAAGUGCGAGAUGUGAGAAUUAUCUCUGAUAGAAACUCUAGAAGAUCUAAAGGAAUUGCAUACAUUGAGUUUGUGGAUACCACCUCUGUACCUUUGGCAAUUGGCCUGUCUGGUCAGAGACUACUCGGAGUACCAAUCAUUGUGCAGGCUUCACAGGCUGAGAAAAACAGAGCCGCUGCAUUGGCCAAUAACUUGCAGAAGGGCAGUGCUGGACCUAUGAGACUUUAUGUUGGCUCAUUGCAUUUUAAUAUCACAGAAGACAUGCUCCGAGGCAUCUUUGAGCCAUUUGGAAGGAUUGAUAGUAUUCAACUGAUGAUGGACAGUGAAACAGGACGAUCAAAAGGAUAUGGCUUUAUCACAUUUUCUGAUGCUGAAUGUGCUAAGAAGGCUCUGGAACAGCUUAAUGGCUUUGAGUUGGCUGGCAGACCAAUGAAAGUGGGACAUGUGACGGAGAGGACUGAUGCCUCCACUGCCAGCUCCUUCCUGGACAACGAUGAGCUGGAAAGGACAGGCAUUGAUCUGGGAACUACUGGUAGACUUCAACUCAUGGCCAGACUGGCCGAAGGUACUGGUCUGCAGAUCCCACCUGCUGCACAGCAGGCCCUUAACAUGAGUGGCUCCAUGGUAGCCAUGGCUGCAGCUACUGCUGCUAUGAACCCUGGAUUGAGUUUUAACCUCAAUAUGCCCCCAAACCAAGCAUUGAAUCUACCAUCACAACCAAUUGCAACGCACUGUUUCCAGCUGUCUAAUAUGUUCAAUCCAAACUCAGAAAAUGAUCUUGGUUGGGAAAUUGAGAUUCAGGAUGAUGUCAUUGAGGAGUGCAACAAACACGGUGGAGUCAUACACAUAUACGUGGACAAGAAAUCAGCUGAAGGUAAUGUCUAUGUGAAGUGUCCCAGUAUUCCUGCUGCUAUGGCUGCUGUCAGUGCGUUACAUGGACGUUGGUUUGGAGGUAAAAUGAUCACAGCAGCUUAUGUUCCUCUUCCUACAUACCACAACCUUUUCCCAGAGUCAGUGCAGGCAACACAGCUUCUUAUGCCCAGUCGCCGGUGAUCAAUCACCUCUGGAAGACUCAACUUUUUCAGCCUUGUUCUUUUUAACUUUUGGACAACAAUAACCGUUCUGCAAGCUGUGGCACAGUUGUUUUUGUUUCCUUUUAAGUUGGUUACAAAACCAAUAAGUUUAAAAGUUUCACUUGAAUAGUGUCCUUACAGGUCUUGGACAUUGAGAGAAGUUCUGUGGUGUAAAAGAAGUUUCCUAUGUACAGCCUACUUAUUGAAUUUUGCUUCUUGAUCUUUAAUUGUUCAUAUUUUUCUCCCCUUCCACAUUGUCUUUGUGAUUGAUCUGAUUGGCAUGUUUCUCACUUGAGGAAGUGUACAAUUUUGACAGAUACACAAGUCUUGGAUUUAAACUGCGAUUUUGAUCAGACAUUAAUUCAACUUUUUGGCUCUAUGAGCUGUGGCAACUAAAUGGCUGACAAUUAUCUUUUGUUCAUUUAGAGACCAUAAAGUUUAGAGACAUCUUGUUUUUCUAAUCAAGAUUUGAUUUUUGUAAAGUCCUUGAGGAAAGUUAAUUUCAAAUAAAGCCAAGAUAACUAAAAAAAAAAAAAAGAUCCUCAUUUAAUUUGAACAAUGUGAAUUCCUAUGUUUAAAAAAAAACAUUUUUUUGUUAUUGCAGUAUUUAUUGAAGUAAUGACCAUGUCUGUUUUUGAAAUGUUUAAAGUGUUUUUUUUUUUUUUUUUUUUUUUUUUUUUUGCAUUUUUUUUGCAUUUUUAUAUUGUUUCAUGAGGUGCUCUUAUCUUAGUAUUUUUGUUUUCCCUAUUUAAAAACUUAAUUGAUCAUGAUGGUCCUGAAAUGCAAUUGUGUUUUUUAAGGUCAUUUAAAAGAAUUGCCAGGUUUUGGUUACUUCGCAGUAUUGCUCUGAUUACAAACUACAGUGGUGCAUGUUAAGGGGUGUGUUGAGAAGGCUCGUGACUUUACAAAUCUGGCCAUUUCAGAAAUAGAAAAUACUAAUUAAACUGGGAAAUUAGUUUUGAAACUUGCAAUUUAUUUAAGAUACUUUUUUGUAGAGUAUCCUCUUGUGUGUAAAUAUCAAAAACAUUUUGACUUGAGUUUCAUGACCCCUUUAAAUUACCUUUACAAUAAAUGGAAGAAGCCACCAUA